CGGCAGGGCUCGGCGACGGCGGCAGCGGCCAUGGCCGAGAGCAUCAUAAUCCGUGUCCAAUCACCAGAGGGGGUGAAGCGGAUCACUGCAACAAAGAGAGAAACAGCUGCAACAUUUUUGAAAAAGCAGACCAUCAUAGAGCACCUAUUGGCCAGGUGAAAUUUCCCAGAAUUAUUCAUAAAAAUAAAGGCAGAACUGGUCUGAAACGUGCUUUUAAAGUGCAUCCCAUCCUGUCCCUUCAAAAAAAUUGCCUUAAGAAAAGUAAGGGUAGUUGCAAAGGAGUUUGGCUUCCGGAAUAAUGGUUUCUCAGUUUACAUCAAUAGAAACAAGACAGGAGAGAUAACAGCAUCACCAAACAAAUCCCUCAACCUGUUAAAAAUUAAACAUGGCGAUUUGUUGUUCCUGUUUCCCUCGAGCCUUGCUGGACCCUCAUCUGACAUGGAAACUUCAGCCACACAAACAUUACGUGCUUGGGCAAUUCCCAAUGUGGUAGAAGAUGAGAUUGAUCAAUACCUUAGCAAACAGGAUGGGAAGAUUUAUCGAAACCGAGACCCACAACUUUGCCGACAUGGUCCUUUGGGAAAAUGUGUGCACUGUGUACCUCUUGAGCCAUUUGAUGAAGAUUACUUGAACCAUCUUGAACCUCCUGUGAAGCAUAUGUCCUUCCAUGCCUACAUUCGAAAACUGACCGGAGGGGCUGAUAAGGGGAAAUUUGUUGCCCUGGAGAAUAUCAGUUGCAAGAUUAAAUCUGGUUGUGAGGGACAUCUUCCAUGGCCUAAUGGCAUUUGUACCAAGUGCCAGCCAAGUGCCAUCACACUGAACAGACAGAAAUAUCGGCAUGUAGACAAUAUCAUGUUUGAAAAUCACACAGUUGCUGAUCGUUUCCUUGACUUUUGGAGAAAGACUGGGAACCAGCAUUUUGGGUACUUGUAUGGACGAUAUACAGAGCAUAAAGACAUUCCUCUUGGCAUUCGGGCUGAGGUUGCUGCCAUUUAUGAACCCCCUCAGAUCGGUACACAGAACAGCCUGGAGCUCCUUGAAGAUCCCAAAGCAGAAGUGGUAGAUGAGAUUGCUGCCAAACUUGGCCUGAGAAAGGUUGGCUGGAUAUUUACAGACUUAGUCUCAGAAGAUACCCGAAAGGGUACUGUCCGAUAUAGCCGAAACAAGGACACAUAUUUUUUGAGUUCAGAAGAAUGUAUAACUGCAGGAAACUUCCAGAACAAGCAUCCCAACAUAUGCCGGCUUUCUCCAGAUGGUCAUUUUGGAUCCAAGUUUGUAACUGCGGUAGCUACAGGUGGCCCAGACAACCAAGUUCAUUUUGAGGGUUACCAGGUAUCUAAUCAGUGCAUGGCAUUAGUCCGGGAUGAGUGCUUGUUGCCAUGUCGAGAUGCACCCGAGUUAGGUUACGCUAAGGAAUCCAGCAGUGAGCAGUAUGUGCCUGAUGUGUUCUAUAAGGAUAUAGAUAAGUUUGGUAAUGAGAUCACUCAGCUGGCCCGCCCCCUCCCGGUGGAGUAUCUGAUUAUAGAUAUCACGACGACUUUCCCCAAGGAUCCAGUUUAUACUUUUUCUAUUUCACAAAGUCCAUUCCCUAUUGAGAACCGAGAUGUCCUAGGCGAGACACAGGAUUUUCAUAGUUUGGCUACAUACCUGUCUCAGAAUACCUCCUCCAUUUUCUUAGACAUCAUCUCAGAUUUCCAUCUGCUCCUCUUUCUGGUCACCAAUGAAGUCAUGCCUCUUCAGGACAGCAUUAGCUUAUUGCUGGAGGCUGUGAGGACUAGGAAUGAGGAGCUAGCACAGACUUGGAAGAAAUCUGAGCAGUGGGCCACCAUCGAACAGCUCUGCAGUACAGUUGGUGUCCAGCUUCCAGGAAUGCAUGAGUAUGGUGCCAUUGGAGGUUCAACACAUGCCACCUCCUCUGCCAUGUGGGCUUGUCAACACUGCACCUUCAUGAACCAGCCGGGCACGGACCACUGCGAGAUGUGUAGCCUCCCCAGGACCUAACACUCCCUACCAUCCUCCUGGGCAAACCUGGGGACCAGACUCACAGCCCUCUUAGAAGCCAGGAUCGUUUCUUAUGAUUCUUCCCCUGUAAUGAUGCCCCAGUGGUGGGCAGACCUGAAGGAGGGGAAAAGGCUACCUUUGGGUCUCUGUGACCCACAGAAGCAUCUUGGCACUGUUCUUUCCGGAGGGUACCUACUAGAUAGAGGGAUCCAAGGCUGGGCUUUCUGCCAGGCUGAAUUUAAUCUCAAAACUGGAAAUCCCAAAACUGUAUCCCCAAUGCAAGAAAGUCAGACAUUUAACCUCAGUUUACAGUUUUGCAAUUUGUAUUUCAUAAGAAUUGCGCCCUUCUGUGUCACCUGGAACUUGCUUUUCCUGCAGCCUUCCCUUUCCUUUUGCAGUUUCCUCCCUUUUUUAUUCUCUUGCGCUGUGUCCUCCACUCCUUUACCUCUAAUCCCUUUUUAAACUCUUGUUGGCCCUCUGCCCUGUCCUCUGUUCUCUUCUCCAUUACCAGGUGUUGGACGCCUGCUGGCGGUGGUCAGUUAGGCCAGUCAUCUGGUGUGAAUGAGAACCAGCACAGUCAGAUGAGCCUGUCUUGGGGCAGGAGGCUACUUCCCUUGUUGAUUUGCAUGGGUUUUUUUUUUUCUUUCCUUUUCACCUCUUCCUUCCUCUCACCAAACUAGGAGGUGAGAUUUAAAGAUCUGCAUUGGUUAUAAUCAUAGCAAUUUGUAAUUCCUGCCUACAGGCCUUUUUGGUUUGUUUUCAUUUUUAAAGAGAAAAAUACUGCACAAAAGGGAAGUGUGAGAGGCUACUUUUCCACUUCCCUUUCCCCCUCCCUUCUCAAGCUUUCACCUUAAUAAAUCCCUUUUGGGGUGUGUGUUUGUGGAUGGGCUUGUAGGGGUGUAUGUAGGUGUGUGGAUCCACAGUUAGUUAUCCUUUGAAGUAAACCUCAGUGCCUGAGUCUUUCCACUGAACUACGCAGUAAGGACAGUUUUAAAAAAUGAAUGUCUAGAUUGGGAAAACUGAAGAGUGAGCUGCACCCAGGCAAGUGGAACACUGAAGCUGAGCACUGGAGUUGGUGUUGGUUUGGUUUGGUUUUGCUUUUUGAAUUUUUAAUUAGGGCCGAUAGUCUCCUGGGUCUACCAGAGGUGAGCUCAGCUCACCCACAAUAUUCAGUAUUGUGUUCCCACCCACACACUCUCCUCUUCCUACUUCCUUAGUCUUUGGCCUUCUGAUUCACUGGCAUGUCAGCUAUAGUAAUCCCAGGAGGGAAUUUAAGGUUCUGCUAAGUGUGAGGUCUGCACAAGGCCCCCUGAGAAGGCAGCUGAGGAAGUGAAUAAUGACAGCUACAGGGGAAGAACAGAGAUCCUAAUGGGAUCACUGGCAUCUAUUUACUGGCCAAGUUUCUGACUGCAGGUGGGUAGGUACAUCCUAUACCAGCACCUCUAGGGAAGUUCUUUACAAUCUUUCCCCAUAUUGAUCCAAUUGGCAUGACAUGGGCACCUUGUUACCAUUCUGUCUUGAUGCCAGCUACAAACUAUGCUCAACCUUUUAGCAUAGAGGAAAAUGGGCAUGGCUACAGGAUGCUUUUGCCACUUCUACACAUCAUGAUAUUUCUUGCAUAUGCAGAACCCUCUUUUCCUCUUGGGUUCUAAAGAGAAUAUUUGCAUCUGCUAGUUUGCAUGUUGACUCUGAUGUGUCAGAAAGCUCAGUAUAAGCUUUGGCUGAUAUCUUUGGGCAGAACUGGCUAGUGGCAUUAGCUGCUUUCCUGGCUGAGGGUUUGGUUUGGAUGAUUAUCUUUAACCUGGGCAGUAACUUCUGUGGGGGCAUAUAGAGGAUCCAGAAUGAAGCAUGAAAUCCUACACAAGGAAGCACCUCUCCAGGUAAUUGAAAAUGAUAUUGAAAAUGGUAUUGGGACUGAAUACUGACUAUCCUUAUCAGUUCAGACCUGAUCCUUAGAAUCUUCUGGAAGGUUAAUGCAUCUAGUUAGUGAUCACACACGGAAAUAAUUCUCAUUAUUCAUUUUCAACCAAGUGGAAAGAACCUUGCUCCUGAGACUUCCUGUCACAAAUGUGGGAUUAGAUCACAGAAAAGAUGCAGGCUCCUCCUCUGCCUGCUCUAGUCUCCUUUAUUUGCUGCAUUUGUUUAACUUUACUUUCAACCAUGCUUUUUUUUUCCCCUCUGAGAAAUUCUGGCAUUCACACAACUCUGUCUUCUUGAUUUUAUUUUUCUUUUGGUUUAACUACCUUGGUUCAGUAAUGGACUUUGUGCCAUUAGCCAAAGAUAGCUAUCAAAGGCUAUAUGAAGCUGUUAAUAUAGCAGCAGGGUGGGCACAAGGGCCCAGGCCCUGACCAAAUUGCUGGCUGCUUCCCUCAGAGUGGAUGACUGAUUUCCAGCCCCACUGAUGAGUCUGAUGACACAAUUUGCCUUCCUAAAUGCAGAAAGCCUGAAUUGAGCUUGCCUCUCCUACCAAUAGUAUAGGCCACUUUCCCUUUGUCGUCCCAGCCAGAAGUAUACCUCCCUCUGCACUGUAUACAGCAGAACCAGUAAUGGUCCACAAGUCAGGAAAGUGGUGACUCAUAGGUGCUCAGGGUGGAACAUCGUGUGCAGGCAAUUCCAGUGACCCUUUUUGGCAAGGAAGAUGUUGACCUUUUCCUAGCCCAUCUCCACCCUUUACAGUUUGCAUACCUAAAAACUAGCUUUCUGGGGGUGUUGGUGCUCCAGCUUUGCCUGUUUGCAGAUGUGCAUUUGUUGGAUUUGGAUUGGAGUUAUCUUCAUUACAGCCCUUUAAGUGAAAUCUAAUAAAAGUACCUGAAAUGAC